AUGGUCACCGGUAUUGAGGCUGCAGGGCUCGCUCUCGCGAUUCUUCCGUUCUUUGUGAACCAGAUCGACGGCUACGUGCGCGGUAUAGAGACGAUCAAAGGCAUGAGGCGCUAUCGACGGGAGUUCAAAGGCUAUUCAGUGGGCCUCAAAACACAAUAUGCGAUUUUGCUGAAUACACUGGAACAGGCUUUGGAAGGUGUGGUGAAUGAUGAGGAUAAAGUCUCUGAGCUCAUACGCGAUCCAAAUGGAGACGGAUGGAAGGAUGCAGACUUACAAAGACGACUGCGCUUGAAGCUGAACCGAAACUACGACGUAUUCAUUGACAACAUGACUGCUCUAUCGGAGCGGCUGGAACGAUUAUCUCACAAACUCGAAAUUGGAAUAACGGAUAUGAAAACUCCCGUUACAGAAGCCUGGAACAUCUGGAAACUCCGAAAGAUCCUCGACAGAGCAGUAUACGAUGACCUCCUCGCAAAGAUUAGCGACAUAAAUACGAUUCUUAAGACUCUCAUCGACCAAUCAGACCACCAGCAUGAUACUAAGAAGAGACAGCACAACUGGCAUUAUCUUCUUAAACGGUUUCAAAAAGCUCGCAAGCAUGCAGAGGGUUUGUUCAAAGCAGUGACCGGGGGGACUUACUGGCGUUGUCAGUGCAAGGACCACCACUGUGUCCACCUUCAGCUGCAAACAAACCCAUUGGAGAGUCGCGGAAAAUCCUCCAGCCGAAAUUUCGACACUGGAACCCAGUUUCGAAUUAUUUUUUCCAACACUCAUGAGCAAGAUUCAACGUGCCUAUGGACUUGGUCAGAAGUUAUGUUUGAAGCUUGGCAAGUUGAAGACAUAGUGAAGGUUUCCAGCUUGUCUCUACAUGAUGAAACCAAGAUCACCCGCCACAAGUCAAGUGUUCAAUUUGACAUACCCGUGGAGAAAGCAACAAUACUGGAGAUAUCCAAAGACGCCCCACCAAUCCAGGAUUUUUGUGCCUCACUAUGUGUUGCCAGUUCUCAUGCCAUACGACGAGAAUGUAUAGGCUCCAUUACAAAUGAGUUAGAUACUUCAGUCAAAUACACCAUGCAUGCCGUGAAGAUGCUUCCAAAGCCCGUUCCACAAAGGUCCCUUCAGGAAGUACUAUCGCAUAUCAGUCGGCAAGAACGUCUUCAUCUUGCUGCUGGUCUAGCAUGCGGUGUUAUUCAAUUAUACGACAACUGGCUAAAAGCUUGGUGGGAUAGCUCCGAUGUCUACCUAGUUGCCGCCAGCGAUGGCAGAAAUGUAAUACUGGAUGAUAUAUACCUGCCCUGGUCCUUUUCCAGCAAGAGCACACCGCCGCCGAGAAAGGACCUCCACUACUCCAAUAUCGGCACUAAUCGUCUAUUACCACUUGGUCUUGCGUUAGUGGAGCUGUCCCUUGGAAAGUCUCUUCACGAAUUGAUAGAGCCAGAUAGUGAAAAUCAGCAUAUACCAGUGACAAAACUUGAAACUGCAUCAAAGCUUGUCGAAAUGGUGUAUAAGGAGAGUGGGACGAAUUAUGCAGAUGCUGUUAAUAGCUGCCUGUCUUGGUCUACUUUAUGUUUCGAAAAACGAUUCGAGGAGCGUUUCUUUGACACCGUCGUUUCUCCAUUACUGAAAGAUCUCGUCAAUUUUUAA